CUUUUAGAUACAUUCUCGUUGCUUUGCUCAACUUAGCAGCACUUCGCCAUGAAAGCCGUUCUUCUCAAUUCUCAAACCCAUCUCUUUACUGGCAAGCAUGCUGUGCCUAAUCUUCAAAUCUGUAAGCCGCCAUCGUCUGGCACUCAAUUAUCUCUCAGGAAAAGAUCUUCUGAGUUAAUUGGGAGGAGAAUUUAUUUAUUAAAAAAGCAUUCUUUCCGGAAUCGAAUUGAACGGUUUUCGUUCAAACAUUUUUCGGACAAUCUACCAACUGUUUGUAGAAAUGUCAAGGCAGCUGCAGCUGCUGAAUCUUUGAAUUAUGAACAUUUUAUACCAAAGAGUGAUAAUGGACUUGCACAGGAUGUCAAUAAAUUGGAGGUUUCUGAGCCCAGGAGUAUGGCAUUUAGGAAUAAGUUUUUGAAUUUUGUACGGAUUGGUUCCAUAAUUAAUAAUGCUGCAGAAUCGUUUUUUAAGAGUGAGAUAAGGAGGCGGUUGUUUGUAACUUCUGUUUUAUUAGUAAUGAGCCGGGUUGGAUAUUUCAUUCCAUUACCUGGUUUUGAUAGGCGGUUGAUACCGGAAAACUACCUCAGCUUUGUCUCAGGGUCCGUUGACGAACUUGGUGAUUUAACACCAGAACUUAAGCUUUCUCUUUUCCAGCUUGGAAUCAGUCCUCAAAUAGGUGCAUCAAUCCUAAUGCAGGUGCUUUGUCAUGUGAUUCCGUCAUUAGUGAAGCUGCGGAAGGAAGGCUUAGAUGGUCAUGAGAAGAUCAAAAGUUAUAUUUGGUGGAUCGCUCUUGGGUUUGCAAUACUGGAAGCUGUGAUACUUGCUUGCUAUUCACUUCCAUAUUCAAUCUAUGCAGCCAGUCACAGGGUAAAACACGUGACAGUGACGACUUUGCUGCUGGUGUGUGGUGCAAUGACUACAACAUGGAUCUGUGACAAGAUUUCAGAGUCUGGAUUUGGUCAAGGAUCUUCUUUGAUUAUCUGUGUGGGCAUUUUGACUGGCUACACAGAUACGCUGUACAAAAUGUUAACUCAGCUCACAGGAAGUGCUUUGAGCUGGUGGCCCUACAUACUUACAGUAGUAGGUAUUUUCACUGUAGUGACUAUGUGGGCAGUUGUCGUAACUGAGGGUUGCAGGAAAAUCAAACUGCAAUAUUAUGGUUUCAAACUUGCUUCUGCGGCCAGAGAAGAUUCUCCUAUGACUGAAGUCGAACCAUAUAUCCCAUUCAACAUAAAUCCUUCUGGAAUGCAGCCUGUUCUCACUACAUCAUAUCUCCUGGCAUUCCCUAGCAUCCUUGCAGGUCUUCUUGGCUCACGCUUUUGGGAACAUGUUAGAGAUAUCCUGAAUCCUGAAACUUCUCGUGGCGCAGAACCCUGGGUUUUCUAUUCAAUUUAUGCAUUCUUCGUGUUCCUCUUUAAUAUAUUUGACAUUGCCAAUAUGCCGAAGGAAAUUGCUGAUUACUUGAACAAAAUGGGUGCGAGAAUUCCAAAUAUAAAGCCUGGGAAGGCUACCAUCGAGUAUUUGACACAGAUACAAGCAUCAACACGCUUUUGGGGUGGCGUGUUGCUAAGUGUUUUGGCUACAAUAUCUACCGUUCUUGAUCAUUAUUUACGCAGUAUCAAUGAGGGGUUUUCUAUAGGAUUCACGUCCAUUCUGAUUAUUGUGGGUUCAAUCAUUGAAUUGAGAAGAUCCUAUCAAGCCUAUAACGUAAUGCCAAGUCUAAGCAAAGCAUUGAAUUGGUAUGGUGUGUGACAUAUGAAGAGACCAUCGUGGUUUGUGGUAGCACAAUUUUUACUGUGGCAUAGUACACUAUAUAUCGACUUUCAGAAGUGAAUGCUUCAUUAAGAUUGGAAUGCCAUUCAAGGAAAAAACGGGGUCUUCUCAAAUUUGUUCGUUGAACUAGCAUUCCCUUCUGAAUGGAAGUGGUUACGACUCAAGAUGAGGUACCUAAUCUUAUCAAUGUCAAUGCAAGUAAAUUUUAAGUGUGAUCCACAUUCUUUAGAAAAUGUCGUAUGGAAAUAUGUCCAUAGAAUGUAUAGAGAUGUGAAACCUAGAAAAUUCGUGUUACAGAUGUAAUCUUGUGCCUAGGAGAUUAGGUGGUUUCGAGUUAAAUUGAAUAAUGCGCAAUUUUGUCUACAUGACUUGCCUUUGGAGAUAUUAUGUUUAAGGUUUUGUAUUAUCAAAUUUUCAGUUAAUUUUAUGAAUGAGAAUAGAAUAGGACUAGACGAUAUUGAAUUA